CGUCUCGCAGGAACAGAGUAGUCCUAGAAGUUAUACAUCGACUUUUUUCUCCUCCUUUGAUUCUUGGAUGUUUGUGAAAUGUCCGCGUUUCAGGAUCUUUCAGAUGUCCAGCAGGUGUUGAUUAAAGAAGAAGAGGUUUUCCCUGAGUUUCAGGAGAGGAGCUCCAGUCUGAGCCAGGAGGAGCCACCAGCACACGUUAAAGAGGAACCAGAAGAACCAUGGAUCAGUCAGGAGAGAGAGCAGCUUCAAGGAACAGAAGAGGAUGAAAACACAUUUACAUACACUCUUGUCACUGUGAAGAGUGAGGAUGAGGAUGAAGAAGGUCCUUUGUCCUCUCUGCUUUAUGAAGAAGAAACUGAAGAGAACAGAGACACAGAGAAAUUGAAAACAGAAUCUGAUGGAGAGGACUGUGGAGGACCAGAAGCAGACAAAGACUUUAGCACAGACAAUUUUCCACAGCCACUUACUCCUGACAAGAUUUCACAUCUUUCUGGAUCUGAGACUGAUGACAGUGGUGAUUGGGAGGAGACUGAUGAACCUCAGGAAGGUUUGAAUCCUCUGCGAAACAAACAUGUAGCUGUAAGUAAUAUGACAUGUAACACUGAAAUCACAUUGCUUAACUCCUCUGAGUGUGCUUUGAGCUCUGAACAAAAGACACAACAACAGAAGCACAUGGGAAUCCACACAGAGAAACCAUUUAGUUGCUCAGUUUGUGGUAAAAAAUACCCAAGAAGAAAAAAUUUAAAUCUUCACAUGCUUCGUCAUUCGGUAGAAAAACCUUUUAGCUGCUCAGUUUGUAAGAAAACAUUUCUAACUAGAGCAGAGAUGGUGAGACACAUGAGAGUCCACACAGGUGAGAAACCUUUUGGUUGUUCACUUUGUGGUAAGAGAUUUUCUCAACAAGGACAUCUGACACUACAUUCAACUGUCCACACAGGGGAGGAACCAUUUAUUUGCUCAGUUUGUGGUAAAAGAUUCCCAUGUAAGAAAAAUUUUAAUGACCACAUGCUUCGCCAUUCAGAAGAAAAACCCUUUAACUGCUCAGUUUGUAAGAAAAGUUUUAUCUGGAGAGCAGAGAUGGUUACACACAUGAGAGUUCACACAGGAGAAAAACCAUUCAGCUGUUCAGUUUGUGGAAAAAGAUUUUCCCAACUUGCACAUCAAAUGCGACACUCAAGUAUCCACACAGGGGAGAAACCAUACAGUUGCUCAGUUUGUGGUAAAAGAUUUGCAGAAAGUGGAAAUCUUAAAAAGCAUUAUGUGGUUCACACGGGAGAGAAACCUUUCAGUUGUUCACUUUGUGAUAAAAAAUUCACCCAAAGUGGUGAUCUGAAAAAGCAUACUGUUGCCCACACAGGCGAAAAACCGUAUAGUUGCAGCGUUUGUGAUAAAAGAUUCAGUCGACUUAACACUGUCAAAACACACAAGUGUGUUAGUAAGAGCAGUAAAAAUAAUGAGACUUUAUAGUCCCUGUAAGAAAAAAAGAUAAGUCUGGUGUGUGACAGAGCAAACUUCUGUAAUAAAAAAAAAAAACUCUCAGAAGUAUGACAUUAAAUUUAAAACUACAUGAAAAAUUUGGCAGUAAUAUCUGUUCUGGGGUGUUCUAGAAAUGUCUGUUGAAUGUAUUGAAAUCAGUCAUGAGAAAGAUGACCCCCUUCAUAUUUAACAAAAGUUUUAUUAUGUCAUGUUGUCAUGUUUAUUUAAACGUGUAUGCCUCCUAACAUUUCAGUUUCUAAGUGUAUGAAUAAUGGGAAGCCAGGACUCUAUAUUAAUUUAUAUGAGAUGUCUGAGUUUUUAAC